CAAUCGUAAUUCUGGGCGCAAACUGGCAGGCCCAAAUACAAUGCGAUCCUUGAGAUGGCCCAGUUUCGUAUUCCCCAAAUUAACGGGCUCCAUCGGUUCGGGCACCCGUCGUCAUCAAAUUCUUCCUUAAACCAGAAAUCGACCACGGUGGUGCGUUAAAAUCACUGGUCGCAACGUUCCACUCGCGAAAGCGCCAAAUCCCAACAAUACCCACACCUCACUCACCCUAAUCCCCAAAUUCCGUUAUUCAACUUUCCCCCUCACCACCUCCUUCACACCUCACUCACCACGGUGGUGCGUUAAAAUCACUGGUCGCAAUUUUCCUCUUCCUUAACCGCACCAUGUCGAAGAGGAAGUUCGGAUUCGAAGGGUUCGGCAUAAACCGCCAAUCCACCUACAGCUUCGAGCGAUCCCAGCCCCCUCAGCGACUCUACGUCCCUCCCUCCGCGCGCCACGGCCACGACCACUACGAAGACACCGACAUCGACAACAUCGACUUCGACGACAACAACAACGACGACGGGAGCAAGAAUAACAACGGUGGCGGCAACGACGACGACGACGAAAUCGACCCCUUGGAUGCCUUCAUGGAGGGGAUUCACGAGGAGAUGCGGGCUGCCCCGCCGCCGAAGGAGAAGGCGGAGGACCGGUACCGCGACGACGAGGACGACGAUCCCCUGGAGAGCUUUCUGAAGGCGAAGAAGGAUUUAGGGUUGACUCUCGCGUCCGACGCGCUGCACGCUGGGUAUGAUUCCGACGAGGAGGUUUAUGCUGCUGCCAAAGCUGUGGAUGCUGGUAUGAUUGAGUAUGAUUCUGAUGAUAACCCUAUUGUUAUUGACAAGAAGAAAAUUGAACCCAUUCCUGCUCUCGAUCACUCUUCCAUUGAUUACGAGCCUUUCAAUAAGGAUUUUUAUGAGGAGACACCUUCAAUAUCAGGUAUGAGUGAGCAGGAUGUAAGUGAAUACAGAAAGAGUUUGGCUAUUCGUGUAUCGGGUUUUGAUGUUCCCAAGCCAAUAAAGACAUUUGAGGACUGUGGGUUUCCUUCGCAGAUUAUGAAUGCUAUUAAAAAACAAGGAUAUGAGAAGCCAACAUCUAUACAAUGUCAGGCUUUGCCAGUUGUGCUUUCGGGCAGGGAUAUCAUUGGUAUAGCAAAAACUGGUUCUGGUAAAACUGCUUCUUUUGUGCUUCCUAUGAUUGUGCAUAUCAUGGAUCAGCCUGAGCUUCAGAAGGAGGAGGGGCCUAUAGGGGUCAUAUGUGCACCUACCAGAGAAUUGGCGCAUCAAAUAUAUCUGGAGGCCAAGAAAUUUGCAAAAGCAUAUGGGGUGCGUGUCUCUGCUGUCUAUGGUGGAAUGUCAAAACUUGAACAGUUCAAAGAACUGAAGGCGGGAUGUGAGAUAGUUGUUGCUACACCAGGAAGAUUAAUAGACAUGCUGAAAAUGAAGGCAUUGACGAUGAUGAGAGCAACUUACCUGGUGCUUGAUGAGGCUGAUCGGAUGUUUGAUCUUGGGUUUGAGCCGCAAGUAAGGUCAAUUGUUGGGCAGAUUAGGCCGGACCGCCAAACUUUACUCUUUUCUGCAACUAUGCCUCGAAAAGUUGAAAAGUUGGCCAGGGAAAUCCUUUCUGAUCCUAUUAGAGUAACUGUUGGAGAGGUGGGGAUGGCAAAUGAAGAUAUUACUCAAGUUGUUCAUGUAAUUCCUUCCGAUUCUGAGAAAUUGCCCUGGCUUCUGGAAAAGCUGCCUGAAAUGAUUGAUCAAGGUGAUACCCUAGUUUUUGCUUCAAAAAAGGCUACUGUGGAUGAAAUUGAAUCACAAUUGGCUCAAAGAGGCUUUAAAGUUGCUGCCUUGCAUGGUGAUAAAGAUCAAGCUUCUCGUAUGGAUAUUUUACAGAAGUUUAAAUCUGGCCUCUACCAUGUGCUAAUUGCAACUGAUGUUGCUGCCCGUGGUCUUGACAUCAAGUCAAUUAAGUCAGUGGUAAACUUUGAUAUUGCAAAAGAUAUGGACAUGCAUGUCCAUCGCAUUGGAAGAACAGGCCGUGCUGGUGACAAGGAUGGGGUUGCAUACACUCUUAUAACUCUGAAAGAAGCACGGUUUGCUGGUGAAUUGGUCAAUAGCUUAGUUGCUGCUGGUCAGAAUGUGUCUGUGGAGUUGAUGGAUCUUGCUAUGAAGGACGGGAGAUUCAGGUCAAAACGUGAUGCAAGAAAAGGAGGUGGAAAAAAAGGCAAAGGUAGAGGUGGGGGUGGCAGAGGCGUGCGAGGAGUGGAUUUUGGCUUGGGUAUUGGAUAUAAUUCUGAGUCAAAUAACGCACCAUCUACCACAGCUCCCAGUCGAUCUGCUGCCGUAAAUUCUCUGAGAACAGGAAUGAUGUCACAAUUUAAGAGUAACUUUGUUGCUGCUUCAUCAAACUCUCAGAAUCAAGGAUUCGGUAGCAAUACAAGCAUGGCUGCUAAUAAGAGACCAGCACUCCCUGGUUUUGUAUCCGGUGGAUCAAUUGGCGGUGACAUAAAUACUUAUCAGAAUACUGCUUCACCCAAUCCUGCUACAUCAGCGGUAAAUUCCACCAGUCAAGUUUCUGGAGUAAAUCCUGGUCAGAAGAACACGAACAGUUCUAAACCUAAAGAAAGGCGGAGGCCAUCAGGUUGGGAUAGAUAGUUUGUUGUCACAUUGAAUGACACCACUGUCAAAUGUAUCAAUGUUCCUAUAUUUAGGUCAAGUCAAGAAUUGAUUUUAUUUGUAUAAAUAAUGCUCCAGUUUUCAAUCACCUAUAUUAUUUUAGCUUCCAAGAUGUAGAAAGGUUUGAGGUUUGUUUGAUUCUAUUUUUGUUUUUGAAAGCAGUAUUGCACAACUAAAAUGCCUCUUAUCCUACGAAGCACGUUUCGAUUAAAUGGAUAAUCAUUAGUAUGGAUAAGGUAAUUAAUUUUUA